AUGCAACCGCCAAAAGCUUCAAGCGAUUCCUACUUUGAUUUGGGAACACUGAGUCGCAAAGUCAGUACCAAUUCCCAGGAAGCACAAAUAUGGUUCGACAGGGCACUUGUUUGGACAUAUUGCUUUAAUCAUGAUGAAGCAAUCACCUGCUACAAGCAAGCAAUUGCGCACGACGAGAACUGCGCCAUGGCCUAUUGGGGGAUAUCCUUCUGCUCGGGGUCUAAUUACAACAAAACAUGGGCGUUAUUUGAUGAAAAAGAUCGACUGAAUGCGAUCAAACAGUGUUACAUAUUUUCGCAAGAGGCUCUCAGACGGGCAAGCAAUGCGACAGAUUGGGAGCAAGCGCUCAUCAAGGCUCUUGCGAAACGUUAUCCCAACGAUGAUCCAAGUAGGGAUCUUGCGGAAUGUAGCCAAGCGUACGCCGAUUCUAUGAGAGAGGUGUACAAGAGCUUCGGUCGCGAAGACUUUGACAUCAUCACACUCUUCGCCGAUGCAUUGAUGAAUUGUGCUCCGCGAAAGCUAUUCGACGCCUCUACGGGGCUCCCGAUAGCGUCCUCCCCGGUAUUCGAAGUGAAAGAUCUACUGGAUCGGGCCUUGAAGAUGCCGAACGUCGAAUUUCAUCCAGGCCCCGCACACAUGUAUAUCCACUUGAUGGAAAUGUCCGCGACUCCCGAGGCUGCUUUGCCGGCAGCGGAGAUGAUCCGCGAAAUGUUUCCCGAUACAGGCCACACCUUCCACAUGCCUGCCCAUAUCGAUGUUCUCGUGGGUGAUUAUCGUCGCGCUGUCGAAUACAAUCUUAAAGCGACCAUCGCAGAUGACAAAUACUUUGAGCAGAAUGGCGGCUUGACAUUCUACAGCUACUAUCGCCUGCAUGACUAUCACUCCCUCAUAUACGCUGCGAUGUUAGGUGGAAAAUCAAAGGCGGCACUGUCAGCGACAGACCGAAUGGAGGCGACUAUCACGGAGGAAAUCCUUCGGGUUGAAACGCCUGCGCUUGCCAACUGGAUGGAAUUUUUCAAAGCUGUCCGAGUCCAUGUGCUCAUUCGCUUUGGAAUGUGGGAAGAACUCAAGAGGCUCGACCCCCUUAAAGAUAAAAAUCUUUAUUGUGUCACGAAUGUUAUAAGACACUAUGGAAAGGCCAUUGCGUAUGCAGCGACGUCUCAGCUUGAGGAAGCCGACAAAGAGCGAGAACUCUUCAAAAUUGCUUCGAAACUUGUUCCUUCCACACGCCUCGACUUCCCUAACAAAAUAACUGACAUUCUGAAAGUAGCAUCUGCUAUGCUAGACGGCGAAAUCGGGUAUAGAAGAGGCGAUUAUGACGAAGCAUUCGGCAGAUUACUGGAUGCAAUUAAUCUGGAAGAUGAGCUGCCUUUUGCAGAGCCAUGGGGGUGGAUGCUUCCAGCUCGGCAUGCAUAUGCAGCCCUCUCAUUGGAACAGGGCAGAGUUGAGCAGGCUGCACAGGCGUACGCUGAAGAUUUGGGGCUCUCCCCAACACCCAAACGUGCUCAUCAACACCCAAAUAACGUCUGGGCUUUGCAUGGUUAUCACGAGUGCCUUCAACUUUUGGGUCGCCACGCCGAGGGAAACAUCAUAAAAAAGCAACUUUCCCUCGCUCUUGUAGAGGCAGAUGUCGAAAUCACAUCUUCAUGCUUUUGCCGACUUGGGAAAUUGUCUUUGUCUCGCGGAAAGCCUAAAAUAAAUGUUUGCCACAGUGGGGAGUCAAAGUGUAAGGGCUAG